ACUAGACGUUGCAGUAGACACCCUCUUAACCAAACAAUUACUAUUUUGUCAUCUCACAACUGUGUGGUCUAACUAGACUAUUAUAGAGAAGAAAGCCUCAAGUAUAACUCGUAUUCAACAAAUUCAAUUACUCAGUAGGUAUGGAUGAAGAUAAUAAUGACACACUACUCAUUAAAAUCGAACCGAAACAAGAAGAAGAAAUCUAUUCUUUUCUCCAGGGACACAUUUCAGUAAGCAAUGAAAUUUUGGUGACGGUAAAGGGCGAAAUUUCUAGCACACCGUGUUCUAAAUCUCUUGAUAAUGAAGAAGUACAGCAACACUCUGACUUUCAACACCCUAUAACUCGCCGUAAAACAGUGUCUAAAUGUGCUAAUUGUAAUUAUGAGACACAUAAUAAAAGCAACUUCAAACGACAUCUUUUAACACAUAAAGUUUCUAAGGAAUUUAAAUGUACUAAUUGUGAUUAUGGAACAAAUAUUAAACGCAACAUUAAAGCCCAUGUUUUGAAACAUAAGGCUUCAAAGGAUUAUAAAUGUACUGAUUGUGAUUAUGAGACACAUAGGAAGUAUAACUUUAAUGAACACCGUUUAACACAUAAACUUUCUAAGGAUUUUAAAUGUGCUGAUUGUGAUUAUGGAACAAAUAGUAAAGAACUCUUCAAACGACAUCUUUUAAAACAUAAAAUUUGUAAAGAUUUUAAAUGUACUCAUUGUGAUUAUGAGACAAACUAUAAAAAGCACUUUAAAGAACAUCUCGUAGCACAUAGACUUUCUAAGGAUUUUAAAUGUACUGAUUGUGAUUAUGAGACAAAUUAUAAACGUUGUUUCAAAGGACAUCUUUUAACACAUAAAGUUUUGAAGGAUUUUAAAUGUCCUAAUUGUGAUUAUCGAACAAAUUUUCAACGCAAUCUCAAAGAUCAUCUUUUAAAACAUAAAGUUUCUAUGGAUUUUAUGUGUACUAAUUGUGAUUAUCGAACAAAUGUUAAACGCAACUUCAAACGACAUUCUUUAAAACAUGGAGUUUCAACGGAGUUUAAAUGUGAUAAUUGUGAUUAUCGAACACAUGUUGAACUCAACUUCAAACGUCAUCUUUUAAAACAUCAAGUUUCUACGUAUUUUAAAUGUGCUACUUGUGAUUAUGGAACAAAGGAUAAGGGCAACUUGAAACAACAUCUUUUGAGACAUAAAACAGUGAAAGAUUUUAAAUGUGGCAAUUGUGAUUAUGGGACGAAUUAUAAACGCGUUUUCAAACGCCACCUUUUAACACAUCAAGUGUGUAAGGAGUUUAAAUGUGCUACUUGUGAUUUUAGUACAAAAAGUAAAACUGAUCUUAAACGGCACCUUUUAAGACAUAAAAUUGUCUAAAGUUUUGAAUUGUGCUAAUCGUGAUUAUGUGAUAAAUAAUAGAUUGGACUUUGAGCAAUACCCUUUUGGGAUACAUUAGGCAUAGUUGUUCCUGAGCAUUAAAAGGAACAAAUUUAAAGACUACACUACGUCAGACAACGGUCGAGUUAUUUUCAGGGCGUUUGUUUUUCACUACGCUCAUCAGGUUGCGGCAUAGGGCCCUACAGUGAAAGGGUUUUGACUCGGCGCACUGCUAAUUAGCUACUACUUACAAUUUACAUAUUAUUUAAUACACUGAAAAUUGUUUCAUUAUAAUUAUAUCAAGUUUUGAACAAUAUAUUAAUAAAAAUAACCACUGUAGAUUUUGCUAUAGGUUUGUAAAGGUUCAGAGAAUGAACUUAUAACUUUUCUCACUUCCAUUAACACUUGGCAUCUUAAUAUUAAAUUCGCAAUGAAAAAAUCCUUUACUUUUUCUUAGACAUCCAAAUUGAUAUGAUAAACAACACAUUUAAAUUUGAUAUUUUUUAUAUAUGUAUAGAAAAACAACAUACCUACCAAUAUCAUUCCC